AUGGAUUACGAGUUGAUCCUCGAUGCUUCAGACAGUGACCUGUUUGAUGACCAUUCCUUGGUCACCGAAUCUCCUCCACCUUUGCUCCGACCGGUCACCGUCUCCACCUCCACCUCCACCACCGCCCCAGCCCAGAGGCCGCAGUUGCCAUCGCCGCCGUUCCGGAGACAGCCGCUCGUCGAGACGGAGCUCGCCAGACCGACCCGUCUCCCGGCCCUCGACCCGCCGUCACGCGGCCCCCGCACAUAUCCCGCUCCCCUUGUCGCCGGUCCUCUCGCUCCGCCUGUCUCUAACACCGCACCCGCAAGCACCUUCACUCUGGCCUCCGUCCUCGACACCGAACUUUACUGUCGCAUCUUCGCCGCCCGCUCUUGCCUGUCUUUUUUUUCAAGACUCGGCCCCACCGCACCUCCACCCCCUAUCACUCCCAAACUUCCCAACCCUCUUCCUGCCGCCAUGCCACUACUAGGCAUUAGUUCGAUUCCCUGCGGAGUCGACAAGAAGUAUCUCAAAACUCCCAUACAUCUACAUGCUAGAGUCUGCCCUGAAGGACCACCCCGUCAGUUUGUCCACUUCCUCAUCCAUGGUCUCACUUUCGGCUUCCACCCUGGCAUGGAAACCCUCCCCGAAUCAUCCGCCACUUGCCGUAACCUCCAGUCCACCCUCGCAGAACCCGCCACAGUUGACAAGCUCUUAGCCAAAGAAGUCACAGAUGGCUUCGUGAUCGGUCCAUUUUCCAGCCCUCCUUUUCCCAUCCACCGCAUUAGCCCUCUUGGCAUUGCUACAAGAAAAUACUCUGGAAAAAAGAUUGAUAUGUCUUCUCUCCACAGUACCGCUACCCCUAGCAUCAACAGCCUCAUCCCCAGCCCGGACUUUUCCAUGCACUACUCAACUAUCACACACGCCAACAAUCACAUCCGUUGUGCCAGCCGUGGCGCCUGGCUGGCCAAGGCCGACAUCACCAGCGUAUUAAAAGUGUUACCCAUCUGCCCAGAUUAUUGGGGAUUCUUCGGAGUCCACUGGAAAGGCCACUACUUCGCUGUCCACCUCACUUUCGGGUGCAAGAGCAGCCCCAAAAUAUUUGAUUCCCUUUCUGAGGCACUCUGCUGGAUCCUGCUAAAUAACUACAAACUCCCAUACGUCAUCCACCUUCUAGACGACUUCCUCACAGUUACCCCACCAGCCUCACCCCCAUCACACGGCCUCUCCACCCUCAAGUCAGCCUUCCUCCAGCUCGGUGUCCCCCUUUCCCCAGAGAAAACGGCAGGACCCAGUACAUCCCUCGACUUUCUCAGUAUCUCACUCGAUUCACUCACCUUCCAAGCCGCCCUGCCAACAGAGAAACGCCACCAUAUCUCCUUGUACAUCUCUAACUACCUCCUAGCCUCCUGCUGUACAAAGCGCCAGCUUCUCUCCCUCCUGGGCCACCUUCACUUUGCCAUUCGCAUCAUUCCCCAAGGACGCUUCUUCCUUUCCCACCUUUUAUCCAUAUCUGCCACCAUUCCUUCACUCCACGAUUUUGUCACCCUGGACGCCGCCUGUAAGAUGGAGCUCCACAUGUGGCGGGACUUCCUCUCUUCUUGGAACGGCAUGUCCUUUUUCUAUGAUGACCACCUGACCCAACCCGAAGACAUUCAGUUAUACACAGACGCUGCUCCCUCCAUUGGUUUCGGCGGUUACUAUGGCGGUAGAUGGUUUGCCUCCGAGUGGCCGCCGGAAAUGUCCUCACUCUCUCACUCUUCAGCCCUCUACGAGCUGUACCCCAUCGUCAUCGCAGCACUUCUUUGGGGGCAUGAGUGGUCCUCUAAGGUCAUCCUCAUUCACUCAGAAAACCAACCCACCGUUGACAUCAUAAACAAAGGCCGCUCCCAAUCUUUGGACGUCAUGAAAUUCAUACACAGACUGACCCUAACUUCCACCCAAAAUCAAUUUAUCAUCCGUGCCGCCCACAUUCCAAGUUAUAAAAACACCAUUGCUGACUCUGUUUCUCGUUUUUCUUUUCAGAAAUUCAGAGCCUUGGCACCCAAUUCGGACCUUUAUCCAACACCAGUCCCUCCAUUUUCAACCACAAUCUUCCCCUAA